UGGCAGAAUACAGUCGAUACGUGACAGGAAGGAUCAAGCAGAAUAUGAACGUGCUCUCGACAAGAGUUGAAGGAAACGACGGUCAAAAUAUUUUUCGUUUGGGAAUAUUGACAUACCUGGCUUGCUAAGGAUCUUUUCUUUUAAUUUUCAAGUUAGUCUUUACAAGUAGUCGUUUCACCACUGAGAAUUAUAUUCUGGAUCCAUGAACAAAAACAUACGGAAGUAAAGUUGGCUGCUAUCUGGCUAGCUUGCUAGAGCCUGGAUGCCAAGUCCGGGGGUUAUGGAGCUGGGCAGGCAACUGUGUGGCAAGAUGAGGAGGUCUAAAAGAGCAGAGGGCCCCGUCGCCAUGCCCAUGAGGGGCCUAGAGAUCCAUUUCUACCUGCCUGACACUCACCAGCUGGAGUUCCUGAAAGACAGCUUCACCGCGGAGGAGCUGUGCGUGCGUGCCGCCAAACGAUGCUACAUCUCCCCCCUGUGUCACAACCUGUUUGCUCUGUAUGAUGAGAGCCGGACCCUGUGGUACCCUCCGAGCCACGUCUUCAAUAUCACAGAAGACACCUCUAUAAAGCUGCACUACCGCAUGAGGUUUUACUUCACUAACUGGCACGGGACCAGUGAGAGUGAGUCUCCAGUGUGGAGACACUGUAUCAGCAAACUGAGGGGAGGUCUCAGUCCAAACAAGGUCCCAGAGGGAACACCACUGCUGGACGCUGCCUCCUUGGACUACCUGUUCGCCCAGGGCCAGCAUGAUUUUCAGAAAGGUUUGGCUGUGGUGCGUAGCCCCCAGACUGAAGCGGAGCAGCAUGAGAUCGAGAACGAGUGUCUGGGCAUGGCUGUCCUGGCCAUCACUCACUACUCCAUGACCCGUGACAUCCCCCUCUCCACUGCCUCAAAUGACAUCAGCUACAAGCGGUUUAUCCCGGAGUCCCUAAACAGAAGCAUUAAACAGCGUAACAUCCUAACCCGGCUCCGUAUCAACAACGUCUUCAAAAAUUUCCUGAACGAGUUCAACAGCCGCACGGUGCAGGAUAGCAACAUCACCUUGUACGACCUGAAGAUCAAGUACCUGUCCACUUUGGAAGGCCUGACUCGAGGCCUGGGUCGGGAGGUGCUGGAGCCCAGAGCCCUGGUAGUUACCCAGGAGGGAGAGACCAACGGGGGGCUGAGCCAUGGACCGGAGCCCUCCCCCGCUAUGGAGGUCCAGGUCACUGGGACCACAGGGAUAUCAUACAGGAGGAGCCCUCCUAAUAAUACCCUGAUCCUCAAAGAGAAGACAAAGAAAAAGAACAAGCCUGAUAGCAAACAGAAAAAGGACAAGAAGAAGGAGUCCAACGAUGGCUGGGUGGUGUUCUGUGAUUUCCACGAGAUCACGCACAUUGUUAUCAAAGACUCCACUGUCACCAUCAUCAGACAGGAUAACAAGAAGAUGGAAGUGCAGCUGGCGUUCAAAGGCGAGGCAUUGGCGUUCGCUGCCCUGGUGGACGGGUACUUCCGUCUGACGGUCGAUGCCCAUCACUACUUGUGUACGGAAGUGGCUCCUUCUUCUGUGGUGCAGAACUUACAGAACUGCUGUCAUGGACCUAUCUGUACGGAAUAUGCCAUCCAGAAGCUUCGUCAGGAGGGCAAUGAGGAGGGAACCUAUGUCCUGCGUUGGUCCUGUACUGACUACAAUUACAUCAUCAUGACCGUGGUCUGCAGUGAGAUGGACAUCUGUGAGUCCAGGCAGGUUUAUCAGUAUAAGAACUUCCAGAUCGAAGUGGGUCCGGAGGGCUACCGCCUGUAUGGGACGGACACCUAUAGGUCUUCUCUCCGAGAGCUGCUGGACCACCUGACGGGACAGAACCUCCGCACAGACAACCUCCGCUUCCAGCUCAAACACUGCUGUCCCCCGCAGCCCAGAGAGGUGUCCAACCUGCUGGUAGUGACUAAGGAAAGGGCAUAUGUCCCCCAGACACCCCUGCAGGAGAGCCAGCUCAGCUUCCACAGGAUCCUCAAGGAGGAGAUCAUACAGGGAGAGCAUCUGGGCCUGGGAACCCGGACCAACAUCUACUCCGGAAUACUGAAGGUGAAGAGCGAGGACGAUGAGGAUGCAAACUACUGCUCCUCACAUGAGCUCAAAGUGGUGCUGAAGGUCCUGGGCUCUGGCCACAGAGACAUCUCACUGGCCUUCUUCGAGACAGCCAGCAUGAUGCGACAAGUGUCUCAUAAGCACAUCGCCCUGCUCUAUGGAGUCUGUGUGCGUCACCUGGAGAAUAUCAUGGUGGAGGAGUUUGUCCAGUUUGGUCCGUUGGAUCUGUUCAUGCGUAGGCAACAGAGUCCACUUGGCACGCCAUGGAAGUUCCAGGUCGCCAAACAACUGGCCAGUGCGCUUAGCUACCUAGAGGAUAAGAAGCUGGUACAUGGCUUUGUAUGUACCAAGAACAUCCUGCUGGCCAGAGAAGGAGUCGACAGUGAGGGAGGACCCUUCAUCAAGCUCAGUGACCCGGGAAUACCCAUCACUGUGCUAACGAGACAAGAGUGUGUGGAGCGAAUUCCAUGGAUCGCUCCCGAGUGUGUGAAGGACUCGGCUAACCUGAGCGUAGCAGCCGACAAGUGGGGCUUCGGCACAACGCUGUGGGAGAUCUGCUACGACGGAGAAGUGCCCCUCAAGGAGAAGAAACUCACUGAGAAGGAGAGGUUUUAUGCAGCUGAGUGCCAGUUGGCUACACCCGAGUGCAGAGAGCUGGCUGAACUCAUGACCCACUGCAUGGCCUACGACCCCCGCAAAAGGCCCUUCUUCAGGGCCAUUGUCAGAGACAUCGAUACGCUGGAAGAGCAGAACCCCUCUAUCAAGCCUGUGCCCUCUCUGGAGGUGGACCCCACUAUGUUUGAGAAGAGGUUCCUCAGGAAGAUCAGAGAUUUAGGAGAGGGCCACUUUGGGAAGGUGGAGCUGUGUCGUUAUGAUCCCAGAGGGGACCGGACAGGGGAGCUGGUGGCUGUGAAGAGUCUAAAGCCAGAGAACGGAGAAGAGCAGAGUAGUAACCUCUGGAGUGAGAUAGGAAUCCUUAAGGAACUCUACCACGAGAACAUUGUCAAGUACAAAGGCAUCUGCCAAGAGGAGGGAGGCAGAGGCAUCAAGUUGAUCAUGGAGUACCUGCCUGCUGGCAGUCUGAAGGAGUACCUGCCCCGCAACCGAGCACAAACCCGCCCGGAGACUUUGCUCAGCUAUGCUGUCCAGAUCUGUCAGGGAAUGGAUUAUCUGGGAUCUCGGAAUUAUAUCCACCGGGACCUGGCAGCCCGGAAUGUUCUGGUGGAGAAUGAGAGCACGGUGAAGAUUGGAGACUUUGGCUUGACCAAGAGCAUCAAGGACAAUGAGGGAUAUUACACAGUCAAAGAUGACCUGGACAGCCCUGUGUUCUGGUAUGCUCCCGAGUGUCUGGUCCACUGUAAGUUCUACCUGGCCUCUGACGUCUGGUCCUUCGGUGUCACCAUGUAUGAGCUGUUCACCUACUGUGAGACGGCCAUCAGCCCCAUGUCGGUGUUCCUGAAGAUGAUUGGUCCGACUCAUGGCCAGAUGACUGUGACGCGACUGGUUAAGGUGCUGGAGGAGGGGAAGAGGCUGCCCCGGCCAGAAUGCUGUACAGGAGCAGUUUAUGAACUAAUGAGGGCAUGCUGGGAGAGUACCCCAGAGAGCAGGAUCACCUUUAAGGCUCUCAUCGCUGACUUCACACGUAUGCUCGCCAACAGCAGCAAGUAACCGUGCCAACCAGCCACCGUGCCACACCGGACCAACCGCAGAGACAGUUCCCAGGGUCCUGAGUGAAAAGGCAAGGGACACAGACUGGGUGACCUGGACUGAAAACCGCACGCAUUGAAAUCAGAACCGCUAGACUCUUUCACGCCGUCGCAGACCUUCUCUAUAUUUUCACCUUUCUUUCAGAACCACAAUGCUCUAUAUACUAUAUGGAUAAAUACAUAACAUAUGGAAUCAUACAUAACUUUGACCGCUCACGGACGGAUGUUGAGCAAUGAAUGAGCCCAUUAGGUAUACUGGUCAGCUGGUACGUCACCUUGGAGCCACCUCCCAGCCUGACCUUUCACCUUUUUCCCGAGCAUGUCAGCUUUGCAUUCUUCAUACGGCUCCAUUUAUAUCAACCUGUAUCGUGAUAAUUUUUAAUGCAGAGAACGGGGCAAAGAGUUCAAGACCGCGAGGGAAAUGGGUCCUUGAUAGAACCUGUGGAAGAGGGACUCUUCUUUGUGAAGGAUCGUGGUGUAUGUGAAGCAAGCAAUUUAUUUGUAUUGCACAAUUCAUACAUUGAAGCAAUUCAAUGUGCUUUACAAAGAAAAAGGAUUCUGGGAGAGGACUGCCACAGCUACUAUAAAGAUUUCACUGUGAAAACGCCAACAACGUGUAGUUCAAGUAACCAGGAUUUUGACAUCCACCAUGGAGUAAUUUGACCAUGGACCGGAUGGAGCCAAGCCAUCUCCUUGUGACUGCUGGAACGUCUUGGGAUACAGGAUAUGUAAGGAACUGCAUUAGACGUGAGAAUAGAGGUGAGGGCAGUAUGGUUAAACCCAGGCUGCUGCACCUCCUCCAUAAAACCCUGGGUGGAAUACUCUAGAACCGCUGCAGAACAUAAACCAAAGGACUAACUCUUUCCGGUACCCCUUCCGUCAUGCCGUGUUUUAGCUUCUGUUGUUCCGUUUCCUCGUUUCUUCUUUCGCACAGCCACAACAGACUGGCACGAAUGGACUCAUCGGAACCUGUACAUAUGAUGUCACACUUAACUGUGUCCCAACCAUGUUAUUCACCACCAAGCAUUGCAACUGAAAGCAUUUUUUACAUUUAAAAGAAAUAGAGAUGAAAUAAGAUGGGAAUGUAGUACCUAUGACAGACACUUAAGGGCAUAGUCGAUUUACUGUAUUCAUUUAUUCUAAGAAUCAAAGUAGCUUCAAGUACAAGUGCAGCCAUAAUGUGUAUGUCAGAUAUCUAGUGUCUUUAUAUGCAUAUAUAAAAAAUCUCUUGAAUUUGCGUGUGAAUGAACAGAAGAGGAACAUUCUUGUACCCCCAGAGUACUUAAUAACAAUCAGCAGGUUUUUGUAUUGGUAGUAAUUUCUAGACAGACGAUGUGUAUCAAGACAGUGGAGACAAUGUUUUUUCUUUUAAGUUUCAGUCCAUGUUUAUUCUGGAAUGUAAAAGACAAUUUCCUCUGCUCACAAAGGAGAGAACACAAAUCUAUUUUUCAGAGAGAAGACAAAGAAUGGAUGGAAAAAUGUACAUAAAUACACAAUAAAUACACAAAUGUUU